AUUGUGUUUAUUUUUUCCGGUAAACAGCUGAGGGUUAAUUUAGUUUAACGUUGGUUUAACCGGUUUAACGGUGUUAAAACUAUUCAAAGCGACCACUACUGUUUAGGGAUUCACGGAUGGAUUCCCCAGCUGGCCCGUCAACGUCUCGUGGAGGCCGAGGCUCAAAAGUAUCACGCGGUGGAAAUCGAUCCUGGCGUGGACGCGGAUUUUGGCGACCGUACAAUUAUGGUAAUAACCAUGGACCCCCUCGCGAAAAAUCUGUUACCUAUAAAAUACCGCAGAUGCCAAUGAAUAGCGGAGAUGAAGUUGGUGAUCGUGUUACAUUUCCCAGCAUCUCACAGGCAACGCAACUGCUUUCCAUCAUAUUAGAAAACGAACCUUGCGAGUACCCAGGCUGGAAGCUGUAUUUUCCACAGGAAGCUUAUAGCGAAGGAUCCAAGACACUGACUAGAACUCAGAUGAUGGAACGUCAUUAUACCAGAAACCCAACAUUGUACGAUGUGGAUAUAAUAUGUAAGGAAUUUUGGUUUGAACUGAAAAUUGCAACUGUCGAGGACGAUGCUGAUAUUAGACGGGAAUGGCCUACUUUUCGACAGGAUAUGGCUGAUAAUCCAGAGCAUACACUAGCAGUUUGUGGAUUAGCUAUCCACCAGAAUCUUACAAAAUUAAUUACACAGGACAAUGGCACUCAGCAUUCCGAAAUUUCUGCCGCUAGCAAUAAACUUAUGUUACAACCAAUUCGCCCUCGAGUCAUAGGCCACGGGCCUGAGGUCCAUUUGCGACACAUGAAGGUCAACAGCUUUGGCAAGCUGAUUGCCAUUCGUGGGACUGUUAUUCGAGCUGGAUCCUCGCAGAUAGUCAACACGUGGAUGGCAUUUCGUUGCUCAUUAUGCCAAGGACAGCAAAUCAUUCGGCAGACGGAUGGAAUUUUUACUUUACCAACUUCUUGUCGGCAAGGCUGUAAAGCUAGAAGCAACUUUGUUCCGCUGCGGUCGUCAAUAUUCACCCGAACAGAAGCUUUUCAAUCGGUUCGCCUGCAAGAAUCAAUGCUUGGAGCUCGUGCAGAGCACGGUCAGGUACCCAGAAGUAUUGAGGUUGAACUAACCCACGAAAUGGUCGAUUUGGUGUGCCCUGGUGACGACGUCACAAUUACUGGCAUUCUUAAAGGACGGCCACAAGAAGAAAAUAGCGCCAAAGCCAGGAGCACCGCCAGUAUGUAUAAAAUGUACAUGCAAGCGGUGGCAAUCAGAAGCAAUAAAAAUUCGAUGACCAGUUGGCAUAAGGCGGGAGAUUUUAGUGAUCUGGAUAUUGAAGCCAUACAAACGAUUCGUGCGGAACCUUGUCCAUUGCGUCUGAUGGUUCAAUCACUGUGUCCAAGUAUUUACGGACAUGAAAUGAUCAAAGCAGGACUUUUGCUGGGACUUUUCGGUGGGUCAGCCAUCGCUGGAAAUCGUCGUUCGGAAAUACACGUUUUGGUGAUUGGUGAUCCAGGAAUUGGAAAAAGCCAGAUACUUCAAUCGUGCGCUGAUGUUUCGCCGAGAGGUAUUUUCGUGUGUGGAAACAGUACGUCUAAUGCCGGUCUUACAGUUUCUGUUAGAAUGGAAAAGGGUACUGGUGGGUCGUUGGAAGCUGGUGCACUAGUGUUAGCCGACCAGGGAGUUUGCUGUAUUGAUGAGUUCGAUAAAAUGUCCGGCAACCAUCAGGUGCUACUGGAAGCCAUGGAACAGCAAGUCGUGAGUGUAGCUAAAGCAGGUGUCAUUUGCUCGUUACCAGCGCGAACUUCCAUACUGGCGGCGGCAAAUCCAGCCGGAGGGCAUUAUGACAAGUCCAAAACUGUCACGGAAAAUCUUAAAAUGAAACCUGCUCUGCUAUCCCGGUUUGAUUUAGUAUUUAUUCAACUAGAUCGACAUGAUGCUCAUUUGGAUAAUAUUCUGGCGGCUAAUAUCCACCGAUUGCACGGUGUACGAGGUGGUCAGGUUCCACACGGGGUUGCCUUUCAAGCAGUUCUUUCUGGUUUGAAUAGUGGCAGCUCUGCUGGUACGUCAGAGGAAGCUCCAUUGCAGGAUAGAUUAAAGCUCAGGGGUGGUGAAAAGAUGGAUCUCCUUCCACCAGAACUACUGCAGAAAUACAUUGCUUACGCCCGUAAAAAUGUAAAUCCGAUGCUUACUGAGGAAGCUGCCGAAACGAUUAGAAGCUUCUAUGAAGAAUUGCGUUGCGCUCAGCAGGGCAUGGACAAACUUCCGGUAACCACUCGGCAGUUAGAGGCCCUUAUUCGGCUUACCCAAGCUCGAGCAAGGAUCAAUCUGGAGCCGGUGGCAACGAUCAAGCACGCCCUCGAUGUUAUCGCCAUCCUGCGGUACAGCAUGAUCGAUGUGUUUAGCAACGAGGUAGGUGAUCUGCUACCUACACGCCAGAUCAACGGCAUCGGUACAAGUCAGGCCAGCUUGGUGAAGCGGUUCAAUCAGAUGCUGCAAGAAAAGUCGAGAGCUCAGAAUAAAACCAUUUUCUCACUGUCUGAGUUGAAACAAAUGGUCGGAAUGGGAACCGAUUUUAAUCGACUAUUGGAUUCGCUCAAUUGUCAAGGAAUACUGUUGAAGAAGGGUAAAGAUCUGUACAAAUAUAUGGCUGACUGAGACCAGAGUGUCUGCAGAACCUGUUGAUUUU